UUAUUUUUGAAGGUCAUUAAACAAAUUUUCUUAUGUAAUGCUCUUACGUAAUACUAGUAUCUACUUCAUGGUAAUUGCUCUUAAUUUUUUUGAGAGAACAUGAAAUUUUAUCAUAUACAUUAUAGAGAAAGAUGUUUAUCAGUGGUAAUACUAGUAUAUAAAUGAAUGGCUGAUCGAAACAAUGACAUACACUGUAGAGUAUAUGUAAAACAUGUCUUUUGUUAAUGUCAAUGAAAUUCAAAUUUACGAAGACGAGAUCCAAGAAUAUGAUAUUUUAAAAGAUAUUAUUACCACUUAUAAUCAAGAAGAUGCAUUUUAUGUAUUAGAUCUCGGUAUUAUAAUGAAAAAGCAUCAAGAUUGGAUUAAAAAAAUGCCAAGAAUUGUACCGUACUAUGCUGUAAAAUGUAAUCCUAAUCCAAUGGUGAUUAAGCUUUUGGCAGAUAUGAACGCGUGUUUCGAUUGCGCAUCGAAGCAAGAAAUUCAAGAAGUUAUGCAGUUGGGUAUAUCGCCGGAUAGAAUAAUCUUUGCUAAUCCCACAAAAUGUCCGUCUCAUAUAAUAUUUGCUAAAAACAAAGGUGUUAAAAAAGUGGUAAUAGAUAACGAAUUAGAACUCUUUAAAAUUAAACAAUAUUUUCCCGAAGCAAAAAUAAUUAUUCGCUUCCGGUGCGAUAGUAAUUCCGAUUCCAUUAAAUACGUCAAACUUGGAAUCAAAUUCGGAUGUAAUCCAGAUGAUGAAGCAAAAGAAUUAAUUAAACUUAUAAAGAAUCAAGGUUUAGUUUUACAUGGAUUUAGUUUUCACGUUGGUAGUCCAUGUAAAGAAUACAAUGCGUAUAAACGUGGAAUUGAAAUAUGUAAGGAAUUGAUUACUUUUGCUAAAUCGAUAGGAUGCGAAGAUAUCAAGUUAAUUGAUAUUGGAGGGGGUUUUCCUGGAGAAAGUGGAUAUCAAAUCGAUGAGGUUUCAUAUGCAAUUAAUGAUGCGAUCAAAGAAAUAGAUCCUGCUAUAGAAAUUAUAAGCGAGCCAGGUAGAUACUACGUAACAGCUGCAUUUACUUUGGCUGGCUAUUUACAUUCUAAAAAAACUGUAUCUAAUGGAAAUAGUCUAAUACAGAUGUAUUAUGUUAACUGCGGAGUUUAUAGUGGGUUUAUAGAAGAGUUGUUGAAUUUGAAUUCACGUCAACCGAUCUCUCUGUACAAUCCUGUUUUUGAUAAUAAAUAUCUUUCUACGAUAUGGGGACCGACUUGUGAUUCCUGUGAUUGCAUCAUCAAAGAUGUAUUAUUACCAGAAUUCUAUGUAGGAGAUUGGCUUAUCUGGAAAAAUAUGGGUGCAUAUACAACUUCUAGAGUUUGUGAAUUUAAUGGGUUUCUGCCGCCGAUAGUUCAUUCAUUUAUCAGAAAAAGUCAAUGGCAAGACUUUUGUGCCAUUAUCGGACGUAACGUUAAUUGUCAUUUGUUUGAAUUAGAAUAGAUUUUUUGAAUUUCAAUAAAAGAAACUUAAUACUUAUAAAACAAUAUAAAGAUGUAUCAUGUAUUAAGAAACAUUUA